UUUUGUGGACUAACUACGUGGCGGUUCAGUAGCUACUACGUACAUUGAAAAGUCUCUGGUUGAAUUUUAAGUGUUUUUACGAUUCUAGUGACUGACAAGAUUUCUACACAAAAGAAGGCUCUGGUUGAAGUGACACGUAGGGAUUUCACAAGUAUUUUCAAAGUUCUAGUGACGAAAUAAGAAUGCACUGGUGUUUCCACGUCUCCAAAUCAUGUUUUUUAUUGGAUUAGAGCCGCAAAACAACCAUUGAGGCAAGACUACGUUAUCAAAAGGAGUCUGUGCUGCGGCCUCACCCCCUCUACUCCCCCAAGAAGCGUCACUGCUGUCAUGGGGGCGGCGAUGGCUUCACUAUCAUCUCCACCUGCUUCUUCAUCCUCACCAUCGCCAUCACUGUCGCCCUCAUCAUUCAGAUCUACUACGGGAGUCCUGAGGUGAUGGCCCAUGGCGCGGUGGCCACAGAUGAGGAAGAGUGCAGCCGUGUGGGGGCGUCCAUUCUGGCGGGCGGUGGUAGUGCGGUGGAUGUGGCCGUCGCCUCGGUGGUGUGUCUCAUGGUGGUCCACCCGCACACUGUAGGGCCGGGCGGGAGUGGUGUGAUGCUGGUACAUGACCACAAGAUGAACACCACCACCAUCAUAGACUUCCAGAGUGCCGUCCCUAGUGCCUACAACCACCAGAACCCUCCGCCGGGACCCACAGAGGCCAGGAGUGUUGGGGUGCCGGGGCUGCUGCGGGGCCUGGAGCAUGCACACCGCAAGUUUGGCAAGCUGCCCUGGGAGAAGCUGAUCAACCCAAGCAUUGACAUUGCACGACGAGGCUUCAAUGUGUCGGCUCAGCUUGAAGAUGCCAUAAAGAAGCUGAACAUCACCAAGUCAAGUGGUGACACACUCUUUGAGCAUUUCUUCUUUCCAAAGGGCCACAUGCUCAAGAAAGGAGACUUCAUUCAGAGGGAGAACUUUGCUGAACUCCUGGACAUUGUGGCAGUGCAAGGGGCAAACACUUUCUACAAUCUGGACUUUGAUCACGACAACAUCAACGCUAUGCAGGCUGAGGGCGCUGAGAUCCAGGCCAGGGACUUCAGGGCAUAUCAGGUGCAAGAGUGGCCCAGUGUACAAAUGACCCUGAGAAACCACACCAUCCACACCUCUCCAGCCUUCUCAGGGGGGGCACAGCUGCUGGCCGCCCUGCACCUCCUCAAGCACGCCAACAUCACCACCACCACGCCCCAGCACCACCUCUACCACACCUUCAUCCAGGCCAUCCGCACCAGCUAUGCCUACCUCAUCCACCUCGGGUUGGGCGUGGAGGCAGGGCUGACGAACAGGACAGAGCUUGAGACGGAGGAAUUGGAUGCUGAGUUUGAUGGGGAGACAGACACCCCGCUGCCCCGACAACUCCCUGAACAGGCUGGCUCCCCUGUCUCUGUGAUGGACACCUUUGACCAAUAUGUGGCUACUGUUGUAGGCCUGGGCACACACUUUGGUUCACGCUACAUGACUCGACACGGCAUUCUCUUCAACAACCACCUGAGCAACCUGAGGGCCACAGCAGGAGCAGGGUAUGUCCCAAGCAGGCCUGUCACCUCCUACACCCCAGUGGUCAUCACCGAUAUGAACCGGAUCUGUGGGCCGAGGGUGGUAUUGUCCAGUCCAGAGGUGGGGGCGGCGGUGCAGGUGGUGGGGCAGCUCAUCUUCAGGGACCGGCCGCUGAUUGACGCCAUCAAGCAGCGCAGAGUGACGGUCAGCGCAGACAACAACCUGGUGCUGGUGGACGACCUGCGGAGUGAUGAGGUUGCUCCGUUACCUGGCGACGUGAGGAACUACCUUGAGGCGCAGAACAACACACUGCGCAUCCUGUACCCGCCCUACGCUGGUGUCAACGGCAUCACCAAGGACAAGGACGCCCUCACUUCCUGGUCAGACUCCCGGGGCGGUGGUGUGGCCCAUCGCUUAGAGCCCCCCGUCAAGCCCAAGCCAGAGGAGACACAAACACCUCCUCCUACUCCGCCACCUGAGGUUGUCACACCAGGGGAGCCGCAGAUGAUGCCCUAGUGGUGGGUUGGCUGAUCUGAGUUCCACAGUGGCGUCGCCAUAUAUAUUAUCUCCAUUUUUAGCAACAUCCUGAAAUCAUUACCUUUGUCAAACUCAUUCAUUUUUCUACCUCUCUUUUUCAUUGUUGAUUUAAGGGUAUAAAAAGAGAUAAAAUAAAAUUGUGGUUCUUUUUGGUAUGUUUUAUCAUUCAGUAUUCUUGUAAUACCCUGGACACCUUAAAAAUUGUGAUAUUGAGGACCAGGCUAUCAGUAAUCAUGGGUGGCACUGAGAGACGACAGCCUUUCAGUGACUGUUGGUUGUGGCCACACCCAGCGAUCUGUCCUACUAUUUAUACCUUACUUUCAUUGUGUUAGGCUCUCUAGAUUACAGAUGGUUUUAUAACAAAAUGUUAUGUAUAUAUAAUUUUUAAUAGUUUUCUUUGUUAACAACUUUCCGGUGCUUGAUAUAAUAUUUAGAGUAAAGAUAUUGUAUAAUUUUUAAGAUGUUAAUUAUUGUAUUUAUUGAGUAUCAGAGAUUGUAACCUUUCAACCAUUGAGUUUGAAAGUGUUGUCUCUGAUAAACUAUUAAUGUGGUAUUAAAAUAAAUGUUUAGUGUAAAAUUUGUUACAUUAUUUGAA